AUGAAAGAUCAUAUGAAACAAAACGGUGUCAUUUCAUGGAGCACGUUCUUUUUGUUCACCAUCGUUGUUGUUUUGUCUUCCAUUAUCUCUACCUCUCUCAUUUUCUCCUUCAUCCUUUCAUUUCACUUCCCGAAAACAGUUUCCAAAUGGCGAACUCCGCCGCCGCCGCAAAUCACCAUCCGAGAAACCGUUACGCUUCCGGACCAGGUUUUAGUUGUUCUGAAUUACCCUUUGUCUUUUCAUCGUCAAACCAAAAAUGAUAUUCAAUGUGUUUACUUAUCGGCUGACUCCGAGCCUCGGCUUCAAGAGCCGAUUCAGCUUCACUCUGUUAGGUUCCACGAACAAAUCGUACGGUGUCCGAUACCUCCACGUGGCGAGACAGUAUCUCUCAGAAUAAAAUCCAACGAACCUCUUCAAAUUAAAAACUCUUCAAUCCAUAAUUGGGACCCACUGGUUUACGAAGCUCUCUUUGAUCGUGACAACACCACCAUCGUAUUUGUAAAAGGACUUAAUCUUCGACCAGAGAAAUUAUAUGAACCGUCUAGAUUCCAAUGCGUGUACGGUUGGGAUUUCACAAAGCCCAAGUUCUUAUUUAAAUCAGAUGUUUUAUCAGCUGCCCAAGAGAUAAUAAGAUGCAAAACACCUCCAAGAAUUUUAUCCCAAAUCCAAACCCAAGCCCAUACCCAACAUGAAGGUUUUAUUAAAGUAUCUAUUCAAAUUGAAGGUAAACAAAUAUUUCCCUCAAUAGCAAGGCCCGAGCUCAUUUCAUUACAUAAAUCAUCAAAACGAAAACCGUAUGAAUUAUGCAUAUGUACGAUGCUCCGAAACCAAGCCCAAUUCAUCAAAGAAUGGGUAAUGUAUCACUCAAAAAUCGGAGUUGAAAGAUGGUUUAUUUACGACAACAACAGUGACGAUGACAUAGAAAAUGUGAUUGCUUUCUUACAAAGUGCGGGUUACAACAUCACGUGGCACUUAUGGGCCUGGGUAAAAGCACAAGAAGCAGGGUUUGCGCAUUGUGCUUUACGGGCCCGAGCCUCGUGCGAGUGGGUCGGAUUUAUCGACGUCGAUGAAUUCUUCAAUGUGAAGUUAAAAGUAGAUUUACGACAUGUGAUUUGGCAUUACUCAAAGUCCGGGAAAAAUGUUGCGGAAAUAAGAACAUCGUGCUACAGUUUUGGGCCUUCGGGCCGAAAGGGUGUGCCAAAUAAAGGAGUGAUGAUGGGGUACACGUGUCGGUUGGCGGGGCGUGAGAGACAUAAGAGUAUUGUGAGACCUGGUGCACUGAAUCAGACCCUUAUUAAUGUGGUACAUCAUUUUCAUUUAAGAGCACCUUUUGUGGCCGUUGAUGUGGAGAAUAGUGCGAUGAUGAUUAAUCAUUAUAAAUAUCAAGUGUGGAAAGUGUUUAAAGAGAAAUUUUAUAGGAGGGUUGCGACUUACGUGGCAGAUUGGCAAAAAGAAGAGAAUGUGGGGUCUAAAGAUAGAGUACCUGAUUUAGGUACUAAACCGGUCGAACCAGAUGAUUGGCCAAACCGAUAUUGUGAGGUUAAAGAUGUGAGUUUGAAAAAUUGGGUUUUGAAAAAUUUUAAAGAUAAAAAGACCAAUCUUUUUCCGUGGCAACCUGAGUUUGAGCCUCAUAUGAAAAAGAGACUAAGAAAAAAAGAAAAAGGAAUUUUAUGA